GGGACUACCAGAAUAUGAUUCAUUUGUCAAUAAAGUUGAUGUAUUUGUCAUCCACUUGUUCUAGUGUCGUUUUUUGCGUUCUCAGUCGAUUUUUGGUUGAUAACAUCGUCCUUGGUGUAGUUUCAAAUAAUCCGGUGUGAAAAAUGUUCUCGAGCGGACCAAAUUACACGAAAUUAAAGACGCAUCUGCGUCUCGCUCUAAAUCGUCUGAAGCUGCUGGAGAAAAAGAAAAGCGAAUUGACGCAAAAAGCACGAAAGGAAAUUGCUGACUAUUUAACGACAAAUAAAGUCGAGAGAGCGAGGAUUCGUGUGGAGCACAUAAUCAGGGAAGACUAUUUGGUGGAAGCAAUGGAAAUUGUCGAAAUGUAUUGCGACCUUUUGUUGGCUCGAUUCGGCCUUGUAACGCAGAUGACGGAGUUGGACGAUGGCAUCGCCGAGGCAGUCUUCAGCCUGGUUUGGGUGGCUCCACGAAUGCAGACGGACAUCCAGGAGCUGAAGGUGAUUUCGGACAUUUUCAUUUCAAAGUACGGCAAGGAGUUUGGGGAGCAGGCGAGGAAUGCCACUGGUGACCAUAAGGUAUCCGAGAAGCUAAUGCACAAGUUGGCGAUCCAGGCGCCUCCCAAGUUGCUGGUGGAAAAGUAUAUAGUGGAAAUUGCCAAGAACUACAAUAUCGAAUACGAGCCAGACCCGCAGGUCAUGAAAGACGAUCAGAAACCAAUUGGGCUCGAUGGAUUUCUCAUUGACUUAUCCGAUCGUAACAAUCUGAGCGGACCCCACCCGCCGCAAGUGGGCUUUAUUGGUUAUCCUCAACCACCGCCGCUCCCAGUUAUGCCUGAACCGCCAAGCAACAAGCCAUUCAACUAUCCUCCUUUCGGUGGUGGUGGCGGUGGUGGGGCUGGAGCGGUUGCCCCACCUCCAUUCCCAUAUAACAUUCCACCAAUGCCGCAGAACCAGCCACCACAGCAACCGUAUCAACAAAAGCCAGGCGCUCCAUCUGAGAGGAAGGAUUUAAAUAUAAACACGAAUUUCAUAAAUGAGGAGACGAAUGAAAUUUCUCCUCCAUCUUACCCAAAUUCGGAUAGUCCGGAUGAUAACUUACAGAAUGCACAUAAUCAGCAGCCAGAAUCGCUUCCACCUAGAUAUUCAUCGGUAGUGCAUAACGAUAACUUGCAGAAAUCAUCUAAACCAAAACCACAGCCUCGUUCGAAACUUCCACCAGGUAAUCUAGACCAACACCAGGCUUCUGCUCCAGCUGCUGAAUUCCCAAAUCUACCAAGUGUUCCUAAUGAUUUACCAGGUAGUGUUGGCGAAAAGAAAGAUGAUGAUGAGAUCGACUUUGACGACUUAUCACGUCGAUUUGAGGAGUUGAAGAAGAGGAAGUAGUGAGCUCAGCGUGCGUGUUAUUUCCAAAAUCCAGGCGUUGAAUAGUCGCGAAAAAUAUGUGAAAUAAGAAUCAUAUAAAAUUGUAUACAGUCCUGUACUACUACGAAUUACAUUGUUAUUUUGCACGGUCCAUAAAGUUAUGUAUUUUUAUAGAAAUUGCUAGCGAAACUUGAGUAACGCUUCCUAGGCAAAAUUAUAUAAAUUGAGAUUAUAAAUUCAAAACAAUAAAGUAUCUGUUAUUUUAAUUACAA